AUGUUGUUGGCCGGCUUGUCGAGAGUCGGAGCGGCCGGUGACGCUGGCGACGAGGAGGAUGGACGACCCGAGCGGCUCACCUUCUACGUGCACGAAGAGGUGCCGAUCGGUACCUACAUCGGAUCGUUGAGUCAGGCUCUGCUGGGCCUCGUGUCCGAGGCGAAAUCGCCGACGGGUCACCAGCUUCCGGCGGCCCUGGCGACGGCCUGGACCGGACAAGUGAUCGUCAUGACGCCUGAGACGCUGGUCGCCGUGAACGUGAGCAGCGGAGAGCUGUUCACUCGGACGCGGAUAGAUCGCGAGUCCAUGUGCAGCCAGUCGGGCAGUUGCUGCCUCCAGACGCCGACCUCGUUGGCCGGUACCAGCGAGCAAUCGGUCGAGACGGUCGGCGCAGCCGCCGACGACCACUCGGUCCACUCGCCGUCGACGUUCUACCGGAGCGCGGCGGUCGCCGACGCCUGGACGGCCGAUUUCAUGCCCGGCUUCCAUCCCGACUGCUCCGUUCGACUCAUGCUGAUGCUGGGCGCCGGCGGUGACCAACCGCUGCUGGUCGAGCUGGUCGUCUACGUCGUCGACGUUAACGACCACUCGCCCGUCUGGCCGGCCGGACAGUUGCGUCUCGAGAUACCGGAGCACACUCCGGUCGGCCGACUCUUUCAGCUGCCAGUCGCCGUCGACCUCGAUCAAGGCCCGGAGCACACCAUUCGCGACUAUCGCCUCCAACUGCCGACGGGAGUCGAACUCGGCACCGUCGACGCGGCGAUGUCCAGUCCCUUUAGUCUGUCGGCUCGACUGGUCGGUUCGCCGGUUCGCGGAUCGCGUCGUUUCGACCUGCAUCUGCGAGUUGAAGCGGACCUGGAUCGAGAAAGCAGAGCCAGCUAUGAUCUUGUCCUGAUCGCCGUGGACGGACCGAUUGAGGCGACCCACUUCACCGGCUCCGUGACGCCGGCCGGCGAUGCCAAUCUUAUGACUCGGAUCGAGCAAAAGUCCACCUCUCGGACGGGCAGUCUCGACAUUCGUGUCAUAGUCACCGACAUCAACGAUCAUGCGCCCGUCUUUCUGCCCGCCUCCGGUCUGAUCGUGGAGGUACGCGAGAGUACACCGCCCGGACGAGAGAUCUACCGGUUGGUGGCGAAAGACGCCGAUCUCAACGACCAAGAUCGACUGACCUUUCGACUCGGCUCCGUGGCCAGCAAAGAGGUACAGCGCAUCUUCGCGGUGGAGGCGAAGACUGGCGCCAUCAAAUUACGCCACAGCCUUGACUACGAGACAGCCGGACUGGUGGUGGUAGACGCCGCAGUCGACGAGCAGACGAUGCCGUCUGACAUUACCCGUCGUCAUGACGACCGAUCACAACGUCAACAGUUUGUUGGCUACACUUUGCCGGUUCGAGUGUCUGACGGUGCUCACGUCACCGAGACGAUGGUCUAUUUUCGCCUGAUCAACGUGAACGACAAUCCGCCCACGAUCAAUCUUCGCUCGCACCUUCGACGUAGCGCAUCGGUGGGCGGUCACGAGUUCUGGUUGAGUGAAUCUGCCGCCAUCGGAGAGCUGGUUGCCACGUUGGCCGUGGAGGAUGCUGACGAGCGUGGCAGACAGGCAGAGCUGCCGUCAGACGCGGGACUGACGGAGCGAGGCUGGGCCAACUUCAGCCUGCGAUGUCGUACCAACCUGCCUCAGUUUGGUCUACAGGCGCUGGUGACCGGGCCUCGGGUUGGCCCAUCUGCCGGGCCCGGUGUUGCUGCCCCGUUUGGCAACAGCGCUGGUGUGGGCUCCUCCUCGCCGGUGGUCGGAGUCGGCGCCUCUGGCCUGCUCAAACUGGUCACUCGACAGACUCUGGAUCGAGAGACACGAGCCGCCUACCAAGUGAGCGUGGAAUGUUGGGAUUCUGGAGAGCCGGCGCUGUCGAGUCGGGCUGGGCUGACGGUGCGAUUGGAGGACGAGAACGACUCGCCGCCGGUGUUCGAGCGCGCCGUCUUCUACGGCCAUUUGGCCGAAGGCUGGCCGGCCGGAACCCCCAUUCUGCGUGUCGCCGCGACCGAUGCCGAUCUGGGCUCACACGCUCGACUGCGCUACCGACUGUUGCCGGCCUCGGAUCAGGCCUCGCCGACGCCACAGGCUCGAGACCCGCACAACGAGCACGGCCAACGGGCGCAAUUGUCGGGCCAGACGAGCCAGACGAUGAUGCGACCAAACGGCCCAACCACUCCGAACGCAUCUGCCGACUCGCUGAGAGAUACGGACUUUCUUUUGACCACUCUGCCUAUAGACAGUCUGCUGAGCAUCAACGAGGCGACCGGUCAGAUCACCAGCCAAAUGGUGUUCGAUCGUGAGGCCAUAGGUUGGAUCAACUGUACCGUGAUCGCGAUCGACAACUCAAGGCCUCCGUCCGGCCAUGACGACCUGAGUGACGGAAGCAUUGACAUGAAUCGGCGUAAGCAAGUGACGGUGAACACAGCCACAGCGCGGGUCGUCAUCAGAAUAGAUGAUGUCAACGACUGCCGACCCCAAUUCGACCAACCGUCGUAUGAAUUCACCGUGAAAGAGGGAGCCCGUGUUCAUACUUUGGUAAGCUAG